AUGGCGACCAAAGCCGCCCACAAGCGCCUUACACGCGAGUACGCAGCGAUCCAAGCAAACCCACCACCAUACAUCGUUGCGCACCCAACAGAAGCCAAUAUCCUCGAAUGGCACUACCUCCUCACCGGCGCUCCUGACACCCCCUACGCCGGCGGGCAAUACUGGGGCACCCUGAUCUUCCCUCCCGACUACCCUUUCGCCCCGCCCGCGAUCCGCAUGCACACCCCCUCAGGCCGCUUCCAGCCCUCGACGCGCCUCUGCCUCUCCAUCUCGGACUUCCACCCCAAAUCCUUCAACCCGGCCUGGUCGGUGUCCACCAUCCUGAUCGGCCUGCUCUCCUUCAUGAACUCCGAGGAAAUGACCGCAGGCUCCCUGUCGGCCACGCGCCACGAGCGCCGCUGGCACGCCGCCCGCUCGCGCUGGUGGAACAGCACGGGGGGCGGCAGCGCCACCGAGCCGCCCCGCAAGGGCAACAAUGUGAGCACCAAGACUGGGCCGCGCAGCGCGAACAUCAAGGCUGGUGAUGGGGGGAAGCGGUUCCGCGAGGAGUGGCCCGAGGAGGACGAGGCGAAUUGGAGCUGGAUGGAGGAGGUGGGCGUCGAGCCGGCGACCGGGAAGGUGCCGCCGGCGCGGGAGGGCGAGGAGGAGAAAGAGUGUGGGCCCGAUGUGGCGAGGUGGAGGCAGAUCCUGGGCGGCGGGGGGAGUGCCGGUGGUAGCCUGGGCCAGCGCGCGAAGGACGCCGGCGACAAUUGGGUGGGAAGAUGGAAGUGGUGGCUGCUAGGCGCGGUGGUCACAUACCUGGUCAUCAGCAGGGUUCUAUUCGCGGAAGACUGA